UCACACAUCAGGGAAAGAAUCAGACAGAAUAUUAAUAUUUUUUAAAGUUCUUUAUCUUUGAAAGAACAUCUUUUAAGUAGAUUUCAUAAUGAUGCUGUGAAGAGGAUUUUUGUUACUCCCAUUGCAAGUGUUUCAUCUUGUAGGAUUUUAAAAUAAUCUCCUUAAAUGCUCUCGCAGGGAUUUAAACACUUGCCUUUGGAAACUGGGAAACUGGGCAACCAACCCCUGCCAAACAAUUAACCAAUUAAAAGUGCCAGCAAGAGCCCCUCUCAAUCAAGCUGAAAAUGCAAAUCACGGCUGCUAAAUUGCAAACAGCGCAGAGAUCUCUGAGAUCCCGAGAUCCCAGUUGCUACAUUUCUUUCGAGGAACUAUAAAUAGGAAACGCUUGGCCGGCGGUCGGUUCAGUCUCGUCGGCACACUUCCAAGAUGCACAGCUCGUCCAAGUGGCUGGUGUUCGCCGUUCUGCUGGCCCUCCUCCUCCCGGAGACUCUCCUGCCCACCGCCGACGCAUAUAGCGAAAUAACGUGCAAUUACCGCAACUUGGAGGGCAAGAACAUCGUUCUCCGCUACUUUGAGGAACUGAAGCUCGAACAGGACUACGUGGACUUCGACAAGAAUGGCCUGUGCCACAAGAGGGCUGUCUGCAAGGACCCCCACAUCACCGUCGUGGAGGAUUGCGCCAAGUACAAGAUCACGUGUGCCAACCAGGAUAGCUUCACGGGUGUCUUUCCAGGCUGCUGCAUAAAGUGCCCUUAAAUCGGAAAACUACGGAGGCUUAUACAUUCCAUUCAUUUCAAAUUUAAAAAGUGUUUUAACCUAAACAAAAAUGUUUCCAUGUGAAAGAUUAUAAUAAAUAAAAUUUAGAGGA